CUUCCGGAAACAACAAAGCGUGUUUCUCGCAUAAGUUUGACUAUUUUUCUUCUUGUCGACGUAAAAUAAUUACCUAUGUUUUCUUUCAUAUAAUAUAUAGUCUAUACACAAAGGUAUUUCGUUUAAAUAGCUCUUUGUUGCAAUUAUAAUGAUUCUGGUUAAGGUAAUCCCUUAUUUUAGCGCGAUUAAUUAUUUCUAGUGAAAUAAAUUAAUAAAGUUAAAACCUCAUACUAAUACUAGUCAUACUCACGGAUAAGUAAUAAUUAGGUUCAAAUUUGGGACACCUGCCACUUUUUUACCGAAUUUCACGAAUGUAUCCUUAAAUCGAUCCCUAUGCCUAACCUGAACCCUAAAUCGAUCCCUAUGCCUAACCUGAACCCUAAAUCGAUCCCUAAACCUAACCUAAACCCUAAUAAUAAUAAACUGCAACUAUAAUAAAGACACAAGAGACAGUGGCAGUCGUCCUCGGUUUUAGCCAAUAAUUAUAAUAUAACACCACUACACUGUCUCUAAAAUUUUAAUUUGACUCAUCAUAAAUCCAAAUCUGUCAACGGUAAAUUAAUAGAAAACUGCCAUCUUGGUUGACACAACCAGUUAAUUUUGUCACUAAUGAUCCCUAAAUUGAUCCCUCCUAUGACUAUGCCUAACCUGAACCCUAAUUUCUAAUUCACUGCAACUAUAAAUUACAUGCAAAUGACGUCACGGGGUGAAAACUAAGAAUCAGCCGAGUCAACUUAAGACUUAAUGUGUCAUCUAAAUGAUAUAGUCCCUCCCAUUAGGGGGCAGAAUUCUUGGCCAAGUGAAGAUUUUUUUGUGGUUUUUUAAAAUCUAGUGGUAGUACUCUUGACCAGAACCAGGAGGUACUAACUCUUGCCAAGACACUAAGCCGUCUAAGCUAAGGCAUUCUUCUUCAUUCCUAUCUAUUGUUACGGUACGAGAAGGUCACAUGCACCAGCAUGUCUCUGGUUUACACCUCAUAACAUAACAUAAUCCCUGAUCUGCUCAUUACGAGGAUACACAUGGACAUGACACGUCAAUUGUACAAUUUUUAUUUUCAGGAUUAAUGCAGCAUACGCUAAAUUAGGCCCGUAUGUUGUUGCUUUCGUGCCAUGGCGCCCAUGCUUUAAUUUCAAUACUAUUUGAGCAUUUCAGCUAGCCCCUAUUAUUAUUUCAUAGUGUUUUUAUCUAAAUCUAAAUAAAUAGUUCCCAUUAUUUAGUUUAGGCAACCAGUUACCAGGCUAUUACUACUAUUGUAUUAAGGAACCUACUGUGUAGGCUACUAGUACUUACUACACAUACUGUACUGUAGGCCUAUAGAAUGACAUUUACCAGGAGCAUGUUGUCUCAUAUUUUUUAGCCCAAGACUGCAUUAUUUUCCUUUUAUUAUUUAAUAAUUAAGUUUAAAUCAAACUUUUUUUUAUAUUUUUGCAUCCAAAGGCAUAAUGGGUAAAAAAGGAUUAUCAGAUAAAGUUCGCAAUAAACAGAAAAAUAAAGCCAAACAGCCACCUAACCCUUUUGAGGUGAAAAUAAAUAAAGUAAAACACUCAGUUGUAAAUAAGAAGCUACAGAAAUGGGAAAAAGGUUUACCAGGAGUGUCUCGAUCAAAAGCAAUAAAAAAGGUAUUUCUAUACUUUUAUUUUACUCAUGUCAUUCUUUAACAAGUUUAACACUUUAAAUUUAAACCAAUGUUUUAUUUGAUUAAAUAUUCUAUUUUAGUCUAUUUAUAUAUGACUUUGAUAUUACUGCCGGGCUAAUUUAUGGGCACCAGAGAAGUUUGGUUAAUGUUAAAAAUGUGAUUUAACAAUCCAGUGCAGAUCAGUUGAGUUAUUAUUAGUGGUGGUUUUAUAUAGCACGUCGCUGUACAUACAAUUAAAAAAAACAUAAUCAUGAACUUAAAAUUUAACAUACAUUAAUUAAAUAAAACAAAAUGUAUGUAUAUUCACGCAACACAUUCAAGAACUAUAUUCAUGUCAAGCCAUGGACGGCUACCCAGUAGCAUCGUUUAUCGGUCAGAGGGGAGAAUCAGUCAGGAUAGUAGAGUUUAAAGAGAUGUGUUUUGAAUUACUGGAAGUGUAAUACUUUUGUAAAUCAUUUUCUGUUUUAGAAAAUUUAUGAAGUUGUUUUCUGCAAUAACAUUUAAAAAUUUGUGUUUUUUUUUAAUGCAGAGAAAAGACACAAUUCUCAAAGAGCUCUACCAUUUAAAAAAGUCAAAUACUUUGCAUGAUAAACGUAUUGGAGAAAGUGACUCAGCUCUCACUGCAGAUGAAAAGAUGGUGCAGAGAUUUGCCUUGGAGAAAAAGGUCAAUAUGAAAUAAUGUAUAUGUUUAUAAAAUCAAUAAUUAUCCAGUUGUGUGUGUGCUUAUUUACCAUAUAUACCUUAGCACAGUAUACUAAAAUAAAUAGGUGGUCAAUUUUAAAACAUUACUCUGGAACUGAAACAAAACCUGCACCAAACAUACUUUCAGUCAUAGCAAGGGGAUUAAUAUUUGAAGUUAAAUACGUUGACAAAUAUUAUCAACAGCUUUAACAUGUGCAGUUUACUUUACUUGUAUCAUUACAAAUUUUUGAAAAAAUGCUUUUUGUAUAAACCGGUACUGGUAAAUAGAAAACUAGAAAACCCAUGAACUAUAACUGUAAUAUUUCAUAACAGUUUGAAAAAUAAAAUGUUAAUUUAAUGUUUCUUUUAAUAGUAUAAAUACUGAUAUAUGUUUUAGUAAUUUCUAAAGAUUUUCUAACAGGAUUUAACCAUGGUAGAUGUUUAUUAAAAAGUAACUUGAAAAAUAUUUUAUUUAAAUCUCUGCUGUGCUGUGUUUUAAAUAUAAUAGAAUAAAAAUGUUGAGUUGAAAGCAAAGUUUAAAAUAUCCUCAUGAAAUCAAAUGAGUUCCAUGCAUAACAAUAAAAUAUACAUAGCAGUAACAAAAAAACGAUAAAAUAUUUAUUUGUUGAAGGCUUUUGUUUAAAAUAGUAACUUCUAAUAACCAUUCAAUAUCUUUAACUUGUAGAAACAAAUGCGCAAAAGUGAUUUUAACUUGAAUGAAGAAGAGGAGGUAUUGACUCACUAUGGGCAGUCACUUGGUGAGAAUCUUCAAGACACCAUUGGUAGUGAGGAUGAAGAUGAUAAUGAUGGUGGGAAAUUUAAGACUGGUAAGUUAUUUAUUAUUAAAAAUAUAUUUUUUAUUUGCCAUAUUCAUUUCUUUAUUCUCUUUAAUUUUAAAUUGUUGAAAAAUUGAAAUGGCACCCAUUUCUGAGAAUUGAUAAAACAGUCCAAAUUAUUUUGUUUUCCCUGGAAAACAUGUAAUGAAAAACAUGGUUAUGGAAAAUGUGCAAAACGAUUGCUAAAAACUGAUAUAUUUAUUUGUCACUUUCAGGUGAUCUUCAGUUUGGAGGAUUUUCUAAAGAUGGAGAAGUGUCAUGGAAAGAUAAAAUGAAAGAAGUUAUAGCCGAUUCAAAAAAACAAAAGGUUUGUUACAAAUUAUAGUUAACCAAUAUGCCAAUUUUCAUUUGAAAAUUUAAUUUUAAAACCUUUCUAAUAUAUUGUUAACAUGUAGAUUUAAAACAAGAAGAUGAAGAAUUAACAAUGUGUGUGCACAUUUCCCUUGAUAUUGAACAUAUUUUUUAAAUGUGUUAUUUCAGUAUGAAAGACAAGCAGAGAAAGAGAAGACUCUUGAGACAACCAAUGAGCUAGACAAAAGUUGGAAAAGUAUUGUUACAAAUUUAAAUCCAGUGGUAAGGUAUACAUUCAUUGUGUAGUCAAAGUAAUUAAUAACCAUAUCUCAGUAUUUUUGCCAAAUGUUUUUUAUCUUUUUCUAUAAUUUUUUAAUUAUAAGUUAUAUGCAAGCCGCCCAAUAUUUAUAUAAAAAAAGCUAUGUGGUAUUUUAUGAACAUUGUUCAGUAUAUACUGUUUCAUUUUCUUUCAUGCAGAGAGAUAAACUAACCAACCAAAGGAAAGCCAGUAACUUUAUGCAACUGUUUCACAAUUUGGUAAUGGACCAAAAAUCUUCAGGUGUAAGUAUUCCCCAUUUGAUGCAUAUCUUUGUUGUUUAAGUUAAUGGUGACUUCUCUGCAAAAUCAUAUCUCAGAAAUUAAACUUUCUAAUAUGUAUUCUUUAAUCAAUAUUUAAAAUCUCUUUUUGGUUUUUUAAUUAUAAUAGUUUUUGAUAUAUUAUACCUGUGGAUGGCUGUUGUCAGACAUGACAUUAUCCAGUGUAAUGUUUAGCGUCACCCUGGUGGAGAUAUUUGAAGGGUCUUAAUUUAAUUUAUUUUUCAGGCAUCUGACAAGUUGAAGACAGAAGAAGAAAAGGCAAAAGAAGAAGCUGAAAAGCUGCUGAAACUGGAGGUAUGCAUUAUUACAUUUCCUGUUUUGUAAAAAAAGAUAAUUAAACCAAAAUAUUUUACUCCCAAUCUAUCCACUUAAAUUAUAAUUGUCGUUAUUUCUAUGAAUAAAUCCUAAUCGAAUCUCUCUGUCAUACUUUGUUUGUUCUUUAUAGUCUCAACGCAUAGCAAGAAUGAAUGCUGGUUCCAAGUCUUCAGUAACCACUCACAAAUCUGCUGAUGACCUUUCUGAUGGGUGAGAUGUGUUGAAAGUUGUAAAAAAUAUAUUAUGUGAUUUUUAAAAAUCAGCCUUGUGAUAACCAAUGUUUUACGUUAUGCACAAUUCAGCUUUAUGUAAGGAUUUACAGUUGUGUCUCUAAGAAGUUUUAGAAAAGAAAAUUUACAAGUAAAAAAAUUAAUUGUUUUCUGGAAGAAAAAAAAUGUAUCUGGCAGCUGACAUUUUAAGGUAAUUUGAACAUGAUUUCUUUAACUUCCUCUACAAUCAAGUUGGUAUUAUUGUAAAAGUUUGAUUUGAAUUUAAAGGUUUACUGUUGAAAAGCCUCAGCGCAUCAUCUCAUUUGGUCAAAAUGGUGUUAUGUUGGAAAAUGAUGAAGAUGAGGAAAAUGAUGAAAAUGUGACUGCACAAGAAAAUGAGGAUGAAGAAGAAGAUGGGGAUGAUGAUGAUGAAGAGGAUGAAGGUAGUGAAGGAAGCAGUGAUGAGGAGGGUUCAGACAACUACUCUGACCUGGCAUCUGAUGAUGGAAGUGGUGGUAGUGAUGAGGAAACAGGUGAUCAACCCAAACAUGCUAAAAAGAGGCCAACUGAUUCAGAACCCUUGAAGUCUAUUCUAAAAUCGGCAAAGGUUUGUGAGAUUGGGGGAUCAUUUAUAAAGUAUUUAAUGCCUCAUUGAAAUAAAUGUUUUCACUAAAUAAACCAAAUAAUAUAUGUUACCAUUUUUUCCAGUCAACUACAAUUAUAUUUAUAGAUGAAAAAAUAUAUCAUUUAGUCGAUUUUAUGAUAUUUAGGUAGGAUUGCAAAAUAUUUGCAAGGCUGCUCCAAUUCAGUGUUACCAAGAUAUAUUUUUUUCUAGGUCACUGUAAAUACUGGUGAUAAUAAUUGCAAGGCAGAGCUCCCUUUCAUAUUUGCAGGUAAAUUCAGUUUUCUUCUUAACCUACGAACUGCAGCAUGCAUCAUUGUGUGGUGUGGAGCUUUUCAGAGCAUUUUGAGUGCUAUUUGAAAUUGCAUUAAAUGACAUAGGAAUAUUGAUACAAAACCCCUAUAAGUAUAUAUUUUUAGAAAGGUAAAUGGAUGGGGAUAAAGUUGACCAUAUUGCCCACCCCAUACAAAAAUUUCGCUCAGUGUCCUUGACCUUGGAGUUCUCAAGAAAAAAUAAUGGACAAAAUGUCUUGCUUUCAAGUGCUCAUAACAUCAUUCAUUUUUAAAGAUACACUUAAAACACUGCUCUAAAUAUUGUAGCCAAUUCAUUUAUCUUUCAGAAAAUGUAUAGUUUGCUAAGGUUUUGAUUGCAAUUAAACAUCUGAAAGCAAUUUGAGUAAUUUUAGGUCAUUUAUAUAAGAAACUGGGGACCACUGCUAAAACAAAGUACAAAAUACAAAAUCUCGGGCAAAAUAGUUUUUAUUGACUUGUAAACAUUUAAAAAGGAACUGUGGAACUGAUUUGGAUUGUUUUUUCGGCCGACCACAGUUUGGGGGUUAAUGUGAAAUAAAAUUAAAUUACUGCUAAAUUUACAGAUACAUUUCAUUUAUUACUAGAUUUAAUUAUUUGGUUUUGUAACUAACGAUUCAAGACACUGAAUCUUUUUCUAUCCAAGAAAGUUAAUUUGAAUCUGUAACCAUAAAAAAAACAUUAAAUUUUUCAGCUCCAGGCAGCUACGAUGAGCUCAAAUCUCUGCUUCACGGACAUAGUGGGGAAGAACAAGCCAUAAUUAUUUCCAGACUUAGAAAAUGCCACCAUCCCAGUCUUGCUGAGGGAAAUAAAGAAAAAUUAGAAGUAAAUUGUUUACUGACAUCAUUAAGUCCGUUCUUGUUAAUUUUUUUGUGAAAUCAUGAUUCAUUGAGUUAUUGUUUUUUAUUUCUGUGGAAAAAGAAAAUUUAAAUAUAACGAAACUAAGGUUACAACCUUUACUUUUUUAAAAGAGGAAUAUAUUUUUGAUCUUCAAUAUACAUUCGUUUAAUUAUUAAAUAAACUUGUAUUUUUUUUUAAAUCAGAAAAUUCAUCUCUACCUGUUGGAAUACUUUGGAGAGCUUCUGCAGCAACAAGUUGUGGACCGUCAACUAAUCCACCAUGUCACAGCUAGUCUUUGGGAGAUGUCUCAGACUUUCCCGGCAUCCACAGCUUCAGCCUUGCAAAAGUUAGUGACAGAUAGGCAAAAAGAAUUUACCAUCAAAGCACAGAGCAGAGGGGGAAGGGGAACCUUUGUUAAACUGGAUACUGUAAGUUGUUUUUUUGGUUUUAAAUUUGACUUUUCUUUAAAUUUUGAAAUAAGAAUUGCACAAGUAUUAACUGUGGAUGGCUUUGCUAAUUUGAGUUGUAAUAAUUUUAUCCAAGAGACUGAAAUAUUUGUAAUUUAUAUCGAUGCCAAUAAUUUAGAACUGUGUAAGAUAAAACCUAGUAUUUAAAUACAUUAUAUUUUUUUUACCUUUUCUUUUUUUUUCAAUUUCCCCCUUUACUGCUUGUAAAUCUUAAUUGUUACUCAAACUUACUGAAACAUUUUUGUAUCAUUCUCUCUUAUAAGCUGAUGUACCUGGUGCUAAUUGAAAGUCUCUUCCCAACUUCUGACUUUAAACAUUCUGUAACAACCCCAGCAAUCCAUUUCAUCACUCAACAGCUAGCAGAGGUAAGAUAUUCAUUUUGGCCUACAGAUAAUUUUUAUUGUGUUGAGUGCUUUUCUAUCUUGUGUUAAGGGUAGAAUUAAACUGCAUUGUGACCAGCUGUUGAACUUGACGUGAUGUGUUCAUGUACCCAUGGCGAUAGAUGUCUUCUAGUUUGGGCUUAGUCUUUCACUUCAUCCCACGAGACAGUAUUUCUGAUAGCAACAGCUACUAACCCCAACAGACACUAAACCGGUUUGUUACAAGAUAUGAGUUUAUUUAACAACAAUUCCUAAACUAUGGUGGUUAUAUAAUUUCAGAUUAAUAAUCAGGUCGUUCCAGCCAAACACUAAGCAACGCAUAAGUCAAAAAUAGUUAAUGUCGAACAUCCGCCAUCUAUCCACAAUAACAAAAACAAAACUAACCCGUCAUUUCCCCUUACCCAAAGGCAUCACAACAAUCUCACACAAUAGAUACAGUGACACAUGAAAUCUCUAAACUAAACAUCUUUUACAUACCAAACAUAACAACAGUGAUUCUCAUACCCUUGACACAUUGUAUAUGACCAGAUUAUUUUUUUUUUUAAGCAGGAGAAAAUAUAUUAACUCUGAAAUGGGCAUUUCUACAGCUGGUGCAGUCAGUAUAUACUUAUCUGCACUUGGCGUGUUUUUGCAAAUAACAGAACAUUAUAAUUUUCAUUUCAUUGUAGUGCUCUGUAAGGAAUGGUCAAGAUGCUGUAUCUGGUCUUUUUCUGUGUUCUUUGGCGCUGAAGGUAUGUCAUUAACAUUUAUUUCACAAAUGUCAAAGAAAAUGAAUUUUAAAAGUUUUAGAUUUAUUUUAUUGAAGGUUUCAUACUAGAAAUAGUUAUUGGAUAUAUAUAAGAAGUUAGAACUUAUCGAAUGAUGUGAAAUUUUAAAAACGAAUGAAAUUAAUAUAUUACUUUUUUUCUCUUCCCCUCCUUCUUUUAUUUCUUUCAAGUAUGUGUGCCUCUCCAAGCGGUACAUACCAGAAGUUAUAACAUUCUUACAUGGAAUACUAUACUUAGGAGCAGCCAAAAAUAAAGGUUUGUGUCAUACUUAUAGAUGCUAAAUGGUUUCAAAUUUUAGUAAAAUAAAGUCAUUCAAUGUCUGUACAAUUAACCUGUGGUCACAUUUCUAGCAGAAUCAACUGUAUUAUAUUCUUGCUUCAUCUUCUUAGAUUUGAGAGUUUUUCCACCAUUCAGAGAAUCAGGAAAGGGCAUUGACCUUCUAAAGGUACAACAUGAAUGGUAAGGAUUUUUAAAAAUGUAAAAGUUGCUCUAAUGUUGAUGAUGUAUUAUUAAUUGUACAAAUAUCAAUGAGGACAAAGAAAUAUUAACUAUGGUUUUUGAACUAUUAACUAAUAGACAAGUACCUGAACUAUUUAAUUUUAAAGUUUAAAAUUAACUCACUAAAGUAAUAGUUUUAAAUUAGCUUCUCAAGAACAAAUUAUGAUAUUUUUAUAUUUUAAUUUCUUGCUCAUAACAGAAAUGCUGUAUUGACAUUAGAUAUAUUUUAUAUUUCAUUGGAUUCUCCCAGUAACCAAAAUAUACCCAUUUUCAGUCCAUCACUUUCGAAGGAGUGGUCUGUUUCUGAGAUGCUCCACAGGGAAGAUCUUGCCCUGGAUAAUGAUGAAUUUAGGUGACUGUUAGUUUGGUGCAAGUAUUGUUUAUUGUUUAAAAAUUAUAGUUGUCUAGUCCAGACCAAGCAAUCUCAUUUGUUCUGUUUUACAAUACUCUCAAAGUAAUAACUGGGUUUUUUUUUUAAGGAUGAAAAGGAUAUUAGAAAGGAAUAAAAUGUUAGUACUUGUACUUUAAAUGAAAAUGUUGGUACUUGUACUGAAAUGUUUAGUGAUCUAAAGCUAUGAGUAAGAGUUGUUAUUUUAAACGUAUUGCAUUCAGAAAAUCUAAAUCUGGUGUCAAAUUAUUUUUUUCACCUAUCUUUUUUUCCUGUUAAGAAUGCUCUAAUUAAUUUUUUAUAAUCCAUCUAUAUAUUGUUUUUUUUUUUUUUAGGUGUCAUGCAAUCAGCACAUGCCUUGACCUACUUGUGCAGUGCAUGACAACCUGGGAAGAUUUGCCUUGUCUCAGGUUUAUUCUGAAUCCUCUGAAGUUACCUCUGUCUCUACUGCCCAAACAUUUAUACCCAAAAGAUGUACAGGUUUGCAUUAAUUUUUUGUAUGUUCUCAUGGAAAAUACUGCAUAAAAUCUUUGGAAACAUAAUACACAAUGUUGUACUUUGGUUUUUCUGAAGAAAUCAUCUCUAUUUGUUGUCGCUGGCCUAAAAGUUUGAAUAAUCCUCACACAUAGAAACUAAACAUCUCUUCUACCCUUUUCUUAGUCUCAUGUAUCGAGGUUGAGAGUCAAGUAAAUUUGAAGUCGGCAGUUUACGCUUUGUCUUUUAUUACCCUUUCUACAUCAAUGUCUUUUAUUACCCGGUACCCCUUUUCACAUUGAUGUCUUUUAUUACCCUUUCUACAUUGUUGUCUUUAAUAACUUUUUCUACAUUGAUUGAUUAUAAGAUAAUGUACAGUUUAAUUUUGUAAAUAAGGACUUCAGUGCAUUUUUGGUGUACAAGAAUGCAAACACUGUGACCCUAGUUUUGUCAUAAUAAUUAACAGAUAUGCUCAGCACUGAAACUUAGUGGAAAUUAACCAAAUAGUUGUGGGUAUUUUUAUGACUGGUUAAGGUCUAUCAAUGACUGGACUAUUGUGUUAUUUACCUAACAUUUACUAAAUGGUCAACUUCAAGUAAAAUCAAAGAAGCUGAUUUACUAGCUAUCCUUGAGUGUAGGUCAGCAUUACAAUAAAGGAAAUUGUAUAUACUAAGUGACAAAUGUUCAAAAGAAAACUUAAGAUUUUAUUUCUCAAAUGUUGGUUUCUUGUAGAGCAAGUGUGAAUCAUUGGUAAAGAAAAUACAGGAAAGUGAAAGCAAAACCUUAAAGGUAUUGCAGCCACCAUCAACUAAACCAAUACCACUGAAACUGUUUGAACCUGAAGUUGAUGAAUUGUAAGUGUAAUCUUUAAACAUUGGUAACUGAAAUUUAAUUAAAAUUUAUAAAUAUUAUUAACGCAGUGAUCCAUUAAUCACAUUGUAGCAUUACAGUUCAGCAAUUUUAUAUUAUUAAAUAAUAAAAGUUAUACCAACAUUUGCUUAAUCAUCUUUAGCUGGUCUGGAAAGAGGAAGAAAAAGGGACCAAAUCGUGAAGAAAAUGAACGGAAGAGACUAAGUCACAAAUACAAGCGAGAAAUGAAAGCAGCAGUCAGAGAAAUCAAGCGAGAUAAUGAAGUUCUGGCCAGGCAUCAACUGGACACUGUCUUACAAAAGUCAGUUCACAUUUAUACUCAAAAUAGUACCAUUAUUUUUUUUAUUUGUAUGAUUCUAUUACAUGUAAUAUUUAAUCAUUAUCAUAUUUAUUUAUUUCUGAUAAAGUAGGUGGAUACUAUUAACAAAAGUCUCGAUUUUUAUUACCUCAGGGAUACUGAAAGGAAGAGGAAGACAAAGGAACUAAUGAACAGUUUGGCAAAUCAGGAGGGAGACUUUAAAGCCAUUAAAAAGGCUAAAAAAUAGUGUUGGCAAAAGUUAAUCCAACUUAUCAAUAAAAGUUUAUAAAAUUAUCAACAUGAACUCAUCUAUUGUUUACAUAAAGAUAUAUUAUCAGUGUUUAAAAUUUUAUAAACUCCAAGUAGUGAGAAUUUGUACAUAAUC